GAACAUGACUGUCUUUGGAAAAAACGAAAAAACAGCGACUUGUAUAAAAGAUUUUGAUUCGUUCAUGCACCUUGGCCCUGAUUGCUCGGAUGAUCCUGUGGUGUAACCUGGACUGUCAGCUUUAUCUUGGCCGUGACCUUCGUGUGUGAUAACAGCAUUUAUUUCAAAGUUGGGGGGAAAUGAAGGAAUUUGAUCCAGGGCACAAUUUAUUGUGCUGUCUUCUCCCACUAUCAGCCAUCCGCUAUCAGUGCUGGACAGACAGGCAAUAGGAGAAGGCGGACAAGCUUGGACGGUGCAGGGUCCUCUCACUGUUUCUGCCUGAUGUGUCUCCCAGAAGGACAUCAUUAAACACUCCAUAAAGUUAGAAGUGAGGACGCCAACUCUUCUGCUUUCUGAACACGCUCAGAAAUCAUGGUCCAUACUGCAGCUCUGAUCACUUUUCUGGCUUGUGUGGUGCUUUCAGGAGCCACAACUAAGCCAGGAUUCUGUGCUUUCUAUGAGGAGUGUGGUAGAAACCCUACCGUCGGAGGUACCCUCAUUCCUCCUAUUGUCCCAUGUCUGGAUCCCAGCCCCGCCCGACACCUCACAGGGGAGCACUACAAGAAGUUCAAAGAGGUGUGUCCCAUGUUAGACCAGGGUGAGACAAACACGUACGCCUGCUGCUCCAUCAAGCAGCUCUCAUCUCUGGAGAAGAGCCUGGGCUUGUCCAAAAACGUGCUGGUCCGAUGUCCUUCCUGCGUGGAAAACUUUGCCCAUCUGCACUGCAUCAACACCUGCAGCCCCAACCAGACGCAGUCGGUAAAGGUCAUGAAGGUCAUGAACAUCACUAACCUGGGCGUUACGAAGGAGGGGGUGGUGGCCUACCAAUCCUUCAUCAGCACCACAUUUGCAGAGACCGCCUUCCAGUCCUGUAAGAAUGUCAGAAUCCCAGCCACAGGAGGCUUCGCCAUCUCCACCAUGUGCGGUCGGUACGGUGCCAAGCUUUGCACCGCCCAGCGCUGGUACGACUUCCAAGGUGACUCCAGUAAUGGCUUGGCUCCACUGGACAUUGAUUUUCAACUAAAAAAGGAAGGCGACACUUCAGGGGUGCCCGAAGGGGUGAUUCCGUACAACGGACGAGCUCUGAAGUGUAACGAGACGACGCCAACGGGUGGUGAGGUCUGCUCCUGUCAGGACUGCGAAGAGUCCUGCCCGAGUGUGCCACCUCUUGACCCGCCUCCAGCACCCUUCAAACUGUUUGGGGUGGAUGGAUACCUUGUGAUUUCCAUCAUCUUACUCUGCCUCCUGGUACUGGGAUUCAUGUUCUACCUUAUUGUCUCCUGUGUGGUGAAGUCUAAAACCAGAAAGGACGAGGAGGGAGGGAAGAAGAAAGGUAAAAACAAGGAUCAGAACAGUAAUGACGUGACUCAGCGCAUCAUUCAUGAAUCCGAGGUGUCCUGUGCUGACAGGAACAGCUUGGCUGCCCAAGCUUUCAUGAGCUUACAGUUCCAGCGUUGGGGAACAUUUAUGGCCUCUUAUCCCCUCACGGUUCUCUUGGUCGCGGCUGUUAUUGUGGUCAUUUUCUCUGCUGGCCUCAAGUCUAUCAAGCUCACUACUGACCCAGUUGAGCUCUGGUCUGCUCCCAACAGCAGGGCCCGCCAGGAGAAAGACUUCCACGACACACACUUUACCCCCUUCUUUCGGACAAACCAGCUGAUCUUGACAGCACCAGAGCGACAAGGUCACAUUUACGACUCUUUGCUGUUUGGGCAGCAGAACUUCAGCGGGCUCGUAUCUAAAGAUCUCAUUAUUGAGCUGCUGGAACUCCAGACAAAAAUACAGAAAAUUGAGUUUUUUUCAGAGGAUUUGAACCAAACAGUAACUCUGAAGGAUGUGUGUUAUGCGCCACUGAAUCCUUCCAACCCGUCCCUGACCGACUGUGCUGUAAACAGCCUGCCACAGUACUUCCAGAACAGCCUGGACAACAUCAAUGCAAAAGUGAACAUGACAAAGCUGGGAGUGACCAAAGAAGUUGACUGGAGAGAUCACCUCAUCUACUGCCUCAACUCUCCAUUGUCGUUCAAAGACAUCACAGAUUUAGGAAUGAGCUGCAUGGCUGAUUACGGAGCUCCGGUAUUUUCGUUUCUGGCCGUGGGAGGCUAUGAGAAUGAGGAUUACACUAAUGCUGAAGCUUUCAUCAUGACCUUCUCCCUGAACAACUACAUUCGUGAUAACCCAAAGUUCAAAGUGGUGUUGCAGUGGGAGAAGGAGUUCCUCAGGGUUGUCCAGGACUACCAGAAGAAUCCAGCUGCAAACUUUACCUUUGCAUACAUGGCAGAGAGGUCCCUAGAAGAUGAGAUCAAUCGAACAACAGCAGAAGACAUCCCCAUCUUCAUGAUCAGCUAUGCUGUGAUUUUCGUUUAUAUUGCUGUGGCACUGGGGGAGUACAAUUCAUGGAAACGGAUACUGGUGGACUCUAAGUUUUUGGUAGGUCUGGGUGGGAUCCUGGUGGUUGGUUGUUCUGUCCUGGCCUCCAUGGGGUUCUACUCGUGGAUCGGUAUCCCGUCCUCGCUGGUCAUCUUGCAGGUCGUGCCCUUCCUGGUGCUUGCAGUUGGGGCUGACAACAUCUUCAUCUUUGUUCUGGAGUAUCAGAGGGAUGCGAGGAGGUCUGGAGAGACGAGAGAGGAGCAAAUCGGCCGUGUGCUCGGCCAAGUUGCUCCCAGCAUGCUCCUGUGCAGUCUCUCUGAGUCCGUCUGCUUCUUUUUAGGGGCCCUGUCCACCAUGCCAGCAGUGAAGUCCUUUGCUCUGUACGCUGCUUUAGCUGUGCUCAUGGACUUCAUCCUUCAGAUGACCGCUUUUGUGGCCCUUCUGUCCCUGGAUGCUCGGCGCCAAGACAGCAACCGCUGUGAGCUGCUUUGUUGCGUUUCUGUGUCGACGCAACGUCCAAAUGAGCCAAAUGAGGGCUUUUUACUGCCUUUCAUGAGGAAAUACUACGCUCCCGUCCUGCUGCACCGCUACACCCGAGUCAUAGUGAUGUUGGUUUUCAUCUUCAUGUUCUGCGCCUCCAUUUUCCUCAUGCUGAAUGUGAAAGUUGGUCUAGAUCAGGAGCUGGCCAUGCCACAGGGAUCCUACAUGCUGGACUAUUUUAAGUACCUGUACAAGUACUUUGAAGUUGGCGUUCCCGUUUAUUUCGUGACAAAGAGGGGCUUUAACUUCAACAGCGAGGAGGGCAUGAACGCAGUGUGCUCCAGCGUUGGCUGUGAUCAGUUCUCAAUGACACAAAAGAUCCGUUACGCCACAGACCACCCUGAUCGAUCCUAUUUGGCGAUUCCUGCCAACUCAUGGGUGGAUGACUUCAUCGACUGGUUGAACCCUGGAUCCAGAUGUUGUCGCUUAUACACCCUCGGCCCAAACACCGGACAGUUCUGCCCAGCAAACAUAUCUGGUUUUCUCUGUGCACGGAAGUGUCUGAAUCCUACUGCAGAUGGUGUCGUCAGGCCCACUGUGGACGAAUUCUACCGCUUCCUCCCAGACUUCCUGGGGAACAGGCCAGACCUGCAGUGCUCCAAAGGUGGUCUAGGAGCCUACGACACGUCGGUGGUGAGAGAUGAAAAAGGAGAAAUAAUAGCCUCCCGGUUUAUGGCGUACCACACAACCCUGACUAACUCCCAGGAGUUCACCGCUGCUCUGAUACGAGCCAGAGAGCUGGCAGACAACAUCACCAAGAGCAUGAGGAAGGUUCCAGGAACCUCACCCGACUUUGAAGUAUUUCCUUACACGAUCACUAAUGUAUUUUACGAGCAGUACCUGACUAUCGUGCCGGAAGGCCUCUUCAACAUCUCUCUGUGUCUGCUGCCGACCUUUGUGGUUUGCUGCCUGCUGCUGGGUUUGGAUCUGCUCUCCGGCCUGCUCAACUUGUGCACCAUCAUCAUGAUCACUGUGGACACGGUUGGCGUCAUGACAUUAUGGAGCAUUGAUUACAACGCAGUGGCUCUGAUCAAUCUGGUCACGGCGGUGGGCAUCUCUGUGGAGUUUGUGUCCCACAUGACGAGGUCCUUUGCGCUCAGCAUUCAGCCCACCCAUGUGGAAAGAGCCAAGGAGGCUACAGCCAAGAUGGGCAGUGCAGUGUUUGCUGGCGUCGCCAUGACCAACCUGCCCGGCAUCCUCGUGCUGGCGUUUGCUAAAGCUCAGCUCAUCCAGAUUUUCUUCUUCCGGUUAAAUCUGGUCAUCACACUUUUGGGGAUGGCUCAUGGACUCAUAUUCCUUCCCGUGUUGCUCAGUUAUUUUGGUCCUAGUGUAAACAAAGCAGUUCUGUUUCAGCACCAGCAGGCCAAAUCCAACCUGGAGAUGACGAGCAAACAGAAAGAAAUAUACGACAACAUCAGCUACGAAGAUACCGAAACAAAAGAAGAGUCAAACUCGCGCAUCAAAAACGCCCCCGCUGACCCCAAGGAACCCUCACAAGUUGUAGAAAAGCAGGGAAGAACUGAUAGUUUAUGAGCAUCGACCACAAAAAAACUGCUUACCAGCUCUGAUGAGUAAAAACACCUUUGUCACAUAGAGAGCGAGAACAAACACAGACACAGAGCAAACAAGGAGUUGUGUUUUUGGCUUCAAAUAGCAAUCAUUAACCCAACGUACCUCAAUCAGAAAUGGACUUGUGGGAUAGAUGAUAACAACACACAGUUGCGCAGUAUUUCUGGGAAUAAUGCAACAACGGGCUACUGCAAUGGCAACCGACAAGAUGGAUCUUGAAUUUGCCAUUUUCUAUCUAUUUUGUAUUAAAAUGCAAUUAUUUUGCGUGUGAAAAUAUUAUUACUGUUUAGAGAGCUUUAAAGGAACACUCCAGCAUUUCAUAGUUUCUUCAAAUGUGCUCUGACGCUAUAGCUAAAAUGCUAGCGAAAAUGUUGAAUCAGAAAAGAAUGUUUAAAGUGUUAAAUGUUUGUAUCAAAGCGACUUUGCCAUGAAGAUUUUAUCAUGGCGGCUAAUUAGACGUUACAAAUGUAAUGCAGAAAUUUACCAGGCUCGAGUGUGUUUCUAAUUUAUUUUUUUUCAAACAUUUUUUAUGUAUUUGCUGACUCCAAACCUGCAAGGGUUUACUUCCACAGCAGUCAUUGCACAUUAUUUAGUACCUUUAAAAAAAGGUAUUGCAGACAGCUUUAUACUUUUGCAAUGUAAAUGCAAACCUUUUGAAAACGGAGGUCUUUAAAGGGUAAAAGUAAAAUAAAAAUGGUCUGAGAGAAAAAAAAACACUUUAAA